AUGGCUCCCUCAGCUCUGCCAGAUGAGCCCCAGAUGUACGCCCCAACCGUAUCCGAGAUGGCACGCGGCCGGCGCUUCUACCCCUCCCACAAGUUCAUCACUAGCUGUGGUACAGUCACAGUUGACUUGUACGCACGACGCGUACUACUCGUGUACAACAGACGACAUCACAUCUAUCAGCUGCCAAAAGGGCGUAAGAACAUUGGCGAGGGUCUGAUGGCUGCGGCACUGCGUGAAACCCGCGAGGAGACAGGCGUUGCUGUGACUCCUAUCGUCCUGCGGAUUCGGACGAGGGCAACGCCUGCCAAUGCGCCAUCCGGUGCACCAGAUAUCACCGAAGACAACGAAAACAUGGAGCCGGUUGCUGUUUGUCACUAUCCAGAUCCCAACUCUGGUGCGAUGAAGAUGGUGUUCUACUUCGUUGCGGAAGGAACAUGUGGACUUACGCCUGAUGGGUGGACCGGGCUGGAUCGAGUCAAGUUUAACGUUGUCUGGGUUGGUGUUGCGGAGGCGGCGGGCAAGUUAGCGUUUAAAGAGGAUGGAAUGGUUGUCGAAAAGGCAUUGGAGGAUCUGAGGAUCUCUGGAUAUGAUAUCUGA